UUUAUGUCCUGUCGACUCGACUGACAGUCAUGGCAGGUCCCGAUGUGAUAAAAACUUUACUCUAUACAGUAAAUAAUCUACUACAACAGGAGAAGUAUAAAGCGGCAUUAGCAGUGCUAAAGGGAUUCAGAAAUGGCGCCGUAUAUGGAGCAAAAAUCAGAGCACCACAUGCCCUGGUCAUGACAUUUCUAUUCAGAAGUGGAAGUUUGAAGGACAAGCUCAAAGCCAUUUUGAAGGCUACAUACACCCACUCUCGCAACCUGGCUUAUUUUGUAUUCACAUACAAAGGACUGCAAGCCCUGCAGGAGAAGGUCCAGGGAAAGACUUUGCAGUCUCACUCCUUUCUGGCUGCCUGUAUCGGAGGAUGGUUAGUUUUUGGGGACAACAACAACAUCAAUAGUCAGAUCAACAUGUACCUUCUGUCUCGGAUCCUGUUCGCUCUGUCCCGCCUGGCUGUAGAGAAAGGCAUCAUCCCCCAACCUAAACACGACCCUUUCCCACUCUUUGCCACUCUGGUGUGGGGUAUUGUCCUGUGGCUGUUUGAAUAUUACCCACACACCCUUCAGCCGUCUCUGCAGUCCUCAAUGACCUACCUCUACCACGACAGCAAUGUGUGGCAUGACAUCUCAGACUUCCUAGUUUAUAACAAGCCAAGGACUGCUGCUCAGAAAUGAAGCUUUAGUCAUUUUUAGUAUGGACCACCUCUCGACAACACAACAAUGCAUUAUUAUAUUUUUAAUUAUUCCAAUGAAUGUUGCCUUAUUGUAUUCAGUGCUAAAAAGUAGUCUGAAUUGUAAUUUUCUGGCGUUGAUGUUUGAUUUAUUGUGUGUGUUUGUAUGUUCAGGAGCAAUCUGUGUAGCGGUCAGAACUUUGUGUAGCAGUAUCUGUGUCCAGUAUGACUUUUUCCUGAUGAUUCCUGUUAUCUACCUAUUUUAGUUUCCAUGCAUAUGUUACCAAACACAAAUGCAACAGAAAAAGUCAAUUUUUUUAUAACAGGCUGAGAUGCUGUUACCUCUUGUGAUUGUACUGUUACACAGAGACACAAAAAGCAAUAUCAUUGUAAACUGGUUAAAAUGUUUCAAGGCUCCUUGUAUGCUAUUUAAAAUAAAAAAGAACUUAA